UCGUUUUACACGACUGCGAUGUGAAACUCGAACACGAACAGUCGUGUACAAAAUUUUGUUUAUCAAAUGUGUGUUAUUAUUAUUAAUGUAACGGUUAAAUAAUGUGAUAUUUUGGAUUUUUAGUGAAUAUUAUUGAUAGCGUCUUAUUAAAUAUUUACAUAAUAUGAUGAAUGUGGUUACGUAGCGUCGCGUCGCUGUUUCGUUGGUACAGACAGAACAAAAACAGACGUAAUGGAGACUGCGCUACAAAAUAUCAGAGACACGACUGAUCCACUUUUGCUAGAUGAUCAAGGAGAAUUGGAAGGAUAUGGAAACGAAACGUAUACGAUGUUAAAAUACGUGUUAAAUGAAAUAGCAGAAGAGCAAAGUAAUCCACAAAAUAACUCCAAAGAAGAUCCUUUUAGACGAGCCCAGCGGUACACUGGACUUCAUUUAGAUACGCUUCAAAAAAUAUGUCAUGAUGGUUUCACUGUUGAUAAACUGACGGAAAUUGAUCGCAAAUGUAUCCACGACAAACUGAUGUCAUUCUAUUUAGAUAAAAACAUAAUGCCCAAUGCGACGGAAUUAUAUAAUAGUCUACAAGAUGACCUUCCUCCCUAUGAAGAUAUAAGGAGCUUUAGAAAGAUGCUUACAAAAAUGGGAUACAUUUUCAAGAAGAAUGAAAAAAGCUUUGUUGUAUAUGAAAAACCAUCGGUCAGAUUUGAAAGAUUUUUGUAUUUAAAAAAACUUAUUCAAUACCGUCAAGAUGAAAGGCAUAUUUAUUAUAUUUCUGGAUUGAGCAUUUCAGAUGAUAAAGAUUGCAAUAUAAAUGGAGGUGUGUUAAAUAAGAAGAAUGUACUAUUCGGUAUUUUUUUUGCCGUAUCUUCUGUCGACGGAGUUAAAUUUUCUGAAAAAGUCGUAAAUUUCGAAAAGGGUAAUUUUAAUUCAUGGAUAUUACAUGACGUUAUACCUAAUCUACAAGCAAACAGUGUUGUAAACAGUGUUGUAAUUUUAGAUAACUCAAAGUAUUACUGCGAUACAUAUUGUGAGACUCCAAGUAAAACUAGUUCCAGUUAUGUGAUAAAGGAAUGGCUUAAAUUUCACGAUAUUCCUUUCAGCGAAUCAAUAAAUCUAGUUGAUCUUUACACCUUGGCAAAUAAAUAUACUGAUUUAAAUAGAAAAUUAUAUAAACCAGAUAUUUGGCUAAGACAAAAUGGCCAUGAUGUGUUGCGAUUGCCAUAUUGCAUAAACGAAAUGACCCCUGCCGCUUAUGUGCGUGAUUAUAUCAAAUCACUUAAUAGUGAAAAUGAGGCUUUUAUAAUCCAAAAAAUCAAAGACAUGGAUGCAACAAUAUUGAGUGAUUUCAAUUUGACACUAGCUGAAGAAGAAUCCAGGCUUCAUGAUUUAGAAAAUAAAUUAGAUAUAGUUCUGGACAGUUUAACGCCAUCGAUAAAUCUGGAAGCAGAUUUGUAUUUACCCUAUUUAAGUGAUUCUGAGUGAUAAUUAUUUUAGGGAGAAUCUCUGUGGUUCCUAUUAUAUUAAAAAUGCAGUGCAAAUG